AAUGAGCUGAGCAGAUAGCUGUGACCCUCUGAAUUCAAACUCCAAUAUUCUUCUUUCCAGUGCUUUUCCCAGCAACUGAUUUCAGCUUUUGAUUGCAGAAGAACAGCUCUACUUCAGGUUGGGUUUCUCCGGCUAGGCAUCGGAUCGACCUUUGCGGCUUCUUUCGUGUCCAAGCUGUAUUCGUAUCCCAAGGAGAAAUAUUUUCUUUAGGAAUAAAAAGAACUGCCAUGGCUGUUGUUACCUUAUCAGCUUGCAAUACCAGCCUCUCGCAAACUCUCUCCUCCGGAAACAACAGCAACCUCCGCGACGCCUCUUUUUCUUCAUAUCUGAACGGCACAGAGGAAUCCUUUGUUCGUAAAUUUGCCGCCGAGUCAAGUGGGAACCUCAUACCCAUCAUGAGCACUGAAGAGCAGAGAACUCACGUGGGAAGGAUAAAGAAGGAGGAUGAAGAAAUUGGAGUGUUUGGUGCCGAGAAGUACUUCAAAGGAGGAAUGGACGAGGAUAGUCCAAGAACUGCCAGCAUGAGUGCAAGGAAAUAUCUGUACAAGAACGAUGAACGAAUUGAUAUAGACCCCAAGAAGUACAGAAUUCAAUCAGGAACUCCGAGUGUUCAGUCUGAAUCAAGUUGGAACAGCCAAAGCUUGUUACUACAGAACGGUGUAAGAAAUCCUUCGAAGGGUAAUACGAACAAGGCACGUGGAAAGAAGAUACUUGCAGGUCUUGGUUGCCCUUGUUCCGAUAAAGAGUCUGUCGAAAUUAAAGAACAUGGUACUGGUGAAAUCAGCUCCAACAAAAGUGCUACUUCGAAUGGACUCGAAGGCAAAGUAAACACAAGAGAGCCUAAGAAAACUAAACCUUGCCUGGAGUAUAAGGACAAGGAAGAAAUGCACUGCCCAAAAACGGAAAAGUUGGGAGCUGGGUUGAACAGAGAAAACUGUUUUGCCUUCCCAAGUUUAAAUUCCGGGACGGCAAUUCAGACCAACAAAUUGCAAUUUCAAGAACAGGAAGAAGAACAACCGCGAAAGUCGAUCGAUGUGUUUGGCUCCCCUGUAAUGGGAAGGAGAAACAAGUCUUUAGGCAUUGAGAGGAGGCUAACGAUGUUGUCUUGGGAUGCCACUCCAAGAAUGGAAGAAAUCGAGUUUUCUUUACCAUCGCGGAGAACCUACAAUGAUACCGACAGUGAUGCAAGUUCAGACUUAUUUGAGAUAGAGAGCAUCGCAGGCAAAUCCAACCCAUUUCGUGCAAGGCAGACAAUAGAUGCUGCGUCAGGCUGUGUCACCCCCACAACUUGUUAUGCACCAAGCGAAGCAAGCAUAGAGUGGAGUGUAGUCACUGCCAGUGCUGCAGAUUUCUCAGUGAUGUCAGACUGUGAAGAGCCAAGGUCAAGAACCACGACAAGUCCAAGAAAACUGGACGUUUCUGCAAUUCCUUAUGGCAAAACUAAAUCUAAUAAAGUUAUGCAGCGGCGCCGUUCUGGCAUUUUGUUGGGUUGUAAGAGUCAAAAAGCUGUGAAUGUUGCAGAAGAUCAUGCCUACAGACCGAAUGAGAAGGCAGAUGUUUACCCACAAACCCGUCACAGGUCAGAUUCCUUCAUUCCUGUGACAAGGUUUCCAUCUGAGAUUAGGUCGGCCAGUUUCAAUUCCAAGCCAGGGCAACAUGCCUUCGCCACGCACUCACUCCCCCGGUCGCAAUCACCUCGCAUUCCAGAUCUUUAAUUUGUGUAUUCAGUGACCUAGAUUUCAUUGAUGAAGUACGCCUUUAUUAUAUAUUCUGUACUGUGUACAAUAUAAAGUUUAUCUCGCAAUAUGUGACAUUCAUGUCAGGAGUUCCAAAUUA